UUUGAAAAAAAAUGAAAAAUGGGUACGGAUAGACCCUUUUCCAAUAGUCUAAGAAGUACUUCAUCAGUCACAGAGGCGUAAUGGACUUGAGUCGCACUGGUCUGGGUUCGGUGCGCACUGGUCUGUGUUCGCAGAGAGCAGUGUGGGGUCUGCAGCUUCAUCCGUCCGGCGUUAGGUCCGCUCUGGGUUCAGGCGGCUGCUUGGGCCAUGUCGUCGACAUCGUCGCGCGACUCAAAACUCAAAACUCUCUGCCAGAAAUUGAGGAGUCCGGCCGAUCCCAUUGGCACGUGCUUCUGAAGAAAGCCGUGCAACAACGAUCACGAAAACCGAUCGAUCGAUUGUCAACGCUGGAUGCAUCUACAUCUCGUGUCGUCCGCUCUGCGCUUUAUAUCAUUGCAUCGCCGCAAAUCGACAUAUCCGUUCGUCAGGUGGCCAGCAUCUGCUUCAAGAACCUGAUAGCGCAGAAAUGGGGCGACAGCGAGGAAGGCAGCGGGGGAGUACUACUUCCCCAGGAUAAAGCGAUGAUCAGAGAUCAUAUACUGGAAGCGGUGACGUUUGCGCCUCCAAUUAUCAGGUCACAACUUGGGGAGUGUUUGAAGAGCAUUAUCUUAAACGAUUAUCCGUCGGAGUGGGAGAACUUACUCCCUCUGAUUGAUGGCAACCUCAAGUCCCAGGAUACACAGAGAAUUCACGGGGCAUUGUUUGCUCUGAGGAUUUUAGCAAGGAAAUUUGAGUUCAAAGAUGACGAAGAAAGGGUACCGAUCCAGAAAAUCAUUGAAACAACAUUCCCAGUGAUUCUCCCGAUUUUUACGUAUCUCUUGUCCCUACAAGAUUCCUCUGUCGAAAUUGCGGACUUGAUGAAGCUCAUCUGCAAAAUAUUUUGGUCGUCCACCUAUUUGGAGAUUCCAAAGUAUUUGCAGGAUUCAACAAACUUCAUGGCUUGGAUGACAUGCCUGCAUACACUCAUUGAGAGACCCGUUCCGACAGAGGGGCAGCCUGUCGAUCCUGAACUGAGGAAGACCUGGGCAUGGUGGAAGCUUAAAAAGUGGACGCUGCACAUCAUUGACCGAUUGUUUACUCGAUUUGGUGAUCCAAAGUGUGCAAAGAAAUGUGACAAGGUGUUUGCCACCAUGUUUCAGAAGCACUGUGCUGGGAAGUUCUUGGAGUCUCAUCUUUCCCUUCUGUCCUGUCUGCGACAGGGUGGUUAUUUGCCCGAAAGGGUUAUAAACUUUGCACUGAAGUAUCUGGCAACCAGUGUUGGGAAAGCUGCCACGUAUCAGCUGUUGAAGCCGCACCUCGACAUCAUUCUCUACGAGAUUGUCUUUCCGCUGCUGUGCUUCAAUGACGAGGACGAGGCACUUUGGCGAAAUGACCCUCAUGAGUAUGUGAGAAAGGGAUACGACAUAAUUGAGGACUUGUACGGUGCAAGGACAGCGGCAAUCAACUUCUUAUCGGAGCUUAUGAGGAAACGAGGAAAAGACAAUCUUCAACGUUUUCUGAAUUUUAUUGUUGAUGUUUUCAGAAGAUGUCAGGAACUGCCACUAGAUCAAAAGCCUUAUAGGCAAAAGGAUGGUGCUUUGCUUGCCAUCGGGGCCCUGAGUGACAUACUCAAGAAGACAGAUCCAUACAAGGGUGCACUUGAAACGAUGCUUGUGCAGCAUGUCUUGCCAGAGUUCCAGAGCCCUCUGGGUCAUCUUCGUGCCAAGGCUGCAUGGGUUUGUGGUCAAUAUGGGAUGAUAAAAUUCGCGGAUUCUCGGAACUUCACUGCAGCCAUGCACUGUGUCGUGAAUGGCCUGAGAGACCCGGAGCUGCCGGUGCGAGUGGACUCUGUUGUGGCCCUGAGGGAAUUUGUGAUCGCUUGUCAAGAUCUCAAUGAAUUGCGCCCCAUUCUUCCAAAUCUUCUUGAUGAGUUCUUCAAGUUAAUGAACGAAGUGGAGAAUGAUGACCUGGUGUACACUCUUGAGAGGAUUGUCGACAAGUUUGGGGAGGAGAUAGCACCGUAUGCACUUGGGCUUUGCCAGAAUCUGGGGAGCGCUUUUUGGAAGUGCCUGAAAACGUCUGAGGCUGGAGAUGAUGACGAGGAUAUGGGUGCGCUGGCUGCAGUUGGCUGCUUGCAAGCGAUAAGUGCAAUAUUGGAGUCGAUCGGAUCUCUUCCACAUCUGUUCCCUCAGUUGGAGCCAACACUGCUGCCAAUUCUGAAGAAAAUGCUGACAACAGACGGGGAAGAGGUCUACGAGGAGGUUCUGCAGAUCUUGACAUACUUGACUUACAUUACGCCAACCAUCUCUCAGGGCCUUUGGGACCUCUGGCCUCUGUUGAUGGAGGCAAUGGAUGAGUGGGCUGUUGACAACUUCGAGUACAUAAUAAAUCCGAUUGAUAACUACAUCUCCAGAGGGACCGAAGUCUUCCUGACUUGCAAAGAACCAAAUUAUCCUCAGAGUCUUUUCAAGAUGAUAACGCAGGUUGCGAAUGCCCUCUACUAUAAUCCUGCGCUUUGCAUGAAUGUUCUCCAGAAGAAUCAAUACGUCGGGGAGGUGUUUGAAAAGUGGUUUGAAAUGAUUUACGCCACUGAAAAGACUGGAAAGUGUCCACAUUUCAGAAGCGAACACGGUAAGAAGGUGUGCAUCCUGGGCUUAGCAUCCAUGCUGACGCUACCUGCGGAGAUGCUUCCUCCAGAGGUUCAACGCGGCAUGGAACAAGUAAUGAAAGGUCUCCUGAAAUUGCUGCUGGCUUUGAAGGAUCAGCAAGCAGAGAGGGAUAAUGAAGAGGAAGAAGAAGAUGAAGAUGAUAAGGAUGACUCCGACUAUGACGAGGAGCUCGGAGAUGAUGAAGAUGACACAACGGAGGAGGAUGGAGAAAUGCUAGAAAAGCUGACAGAGGUAAACCAGGUUUUGGAGAACGAGAAUCUUCGGGACAAUGAUUGCAUCCCAGCUCCAAAGCUUCUUGAAGCUGUUCUUCAAAACUGCAAGGGGAGAGUAGAUGAGUGGGUAGAACCAUAUGUACAGCUUGCUGUCACAAGACUCAGAAGAACAGAAAAGCCACUUAUGAAGGACCUUCUUAUCCAAGUGGGGUGGCCAUCCCUGUCGGUCAGGAAGAGGUUUUGGAAUCUUGAACUUGCACCGCUCUUGCAUGUUCUCGGGCAGCUCAAGAGGAUUGGAAAAGUCUCUUUCUAUUGACUGGAUUCAUUUUAUGGCUGUGUCUAUGGUGCUUAUACUGUUUCCGAUUGGCUUUGGUGAGGCCAUCAUCAUGGAAAAGGCCUUGCCACUGUUUCUUUGAAAGGGCAUGUGGGGGAAGGCAUGCUUUGUCGUGUGCUUUUUUAUUUCUGUCUGCUGAGGCAUGAGCCAGUCGACGAAGUCUGUUUCUCUUCAUAUUGGAGCACACAUUGCAUUCAUUCUUGACCAGUGAAAUCCAAAAUGUGCCUGGAAGAGUUUGAACUCAGUUUACUUCAAUGCAAAUCUUGAGUUAUUCUGCUGCAUGCUGUGGUUGUUGUGGCUAAGAAGAGGCAAAGGCAGGGGGCUCUUCAAUGAGGAUAGAGUGGUGGUCAAAGAUGAGGUCGAUUAAAGUUUAUCCAUUCCAUUGGGUAGACCUGGAGACCGAAUAUCGAGGCUGAGAAAUGCAUGAGUAACAGCAAGCAGGGUCCAUGGUUCCCGGCGUUUGCAUGUCCGACACGAAAGAGAUGCUAGUGCGAACUUUCUGACUCGUUAGAGGUGCUGCUGUGUUGCAACCUGUGGCUUACAUGUCAGAAGUUCUACUGUGUCACCGGACGUGUCUGACGCGUCUGCAGUUGUGCUGUGUCACAAGAUGCGUCGGACACAUCUGCGGCAGCGCAAACUCAUGCUUGUGCUUGGAUGCCAGUGGGCUCGAUCAAGCUCAGAGUCUGUCUCAGAUGGUUGACAGUAGUCGGACGAUCGGCGGCUUUGUGCAUUGCAUGUCAAGGUGAGGCAUUUCUAUUCCUUUUCGCUGUCCGUUGCGGAGAUCGCCUCUCGCCCAAGAUCGAUGGUGCGAGCUCACAGUCUGUCUCCGAUGGUAAAGUACUCUGGAUGAUCGGCUUCUUUGUGCAUGUCGAGGUUAGGCAUUUCUAUUCCUUUUCGCUGUCCGUUGCGGAGAUUGUCUUUUGCCCAAGACCGAUGGUGGUGGGCUUCGAUCGAGCUCACAGUCUGUCUCAGAUGGUUAAGUACUCUGGAUGAUCGGCUUCUUUGCGCAUGUCAAGGUGAGGCAUUUCUAUUCCUUUUCGCUGUCCGUUGCGUAGAUUGUCUUUCGCCCAAAAUCAAGUCUUGGUUGAGGAUCGGCUUUCAGUUUGCAGAGCCUUGUUCUCGUUUGUCUUUUGUUACUAAGCGGCAAGGAGCAAUUCUCGGUUUUAGGGCUGGGAAAUGUCUGUUUUCUUGAUUGGAUCGCUGUGAUGCUUUCUUGAAAGGGAAGCGUGGUUUGUUCUUGAAAGGUUCUUCUUAAUACAUAUACGGAUUAGAUAUAUUAUAUAGCUUGGAUUCAUACAUGGAUUGGAAGGUUGUCAGCAUGGCGUGUGACUCACGGAGAGGCAAGGUCUUCCUCAGUGGAAACCGAAUUGACGGACAAUGAUUGUAGAUUCACGGCUAGGAUGCAACUGCAUUCACUGUUUUGUUUUUGUCAGGGUUGUGUCAUUCGAUUCUCGGCUUUGAGUGCACUUGAAAUUUGAAGCAUGUGGAUUUGGAGCUAGCACACGCGGGGUGUGACGUGUUUGGGAGAUACGGCGUGUUUCGACGAAAUGCGGAAUGAAUAGGCAGUGUUGGUAGUCUUACCGUUAGCGAAUCUCCUUAGAAGUUUAUUGAGGAUUGACUGUGUUUCGUCAUCGAUAUUCAAUUUUGGAAUUCUUAUGCUCAGAGUAGUUGCUGAAGUUGAGAGAGUUAAACUGUGGAGAACGCGUUCUCUAUAUGGAGAAUGAUUUUAAUAUUGCGAAGAGGUUAAUUGGAAGAUUGCGGUGAAUUCUUUUUCGCUGUCGGCCGGCUUGUUUCUUGGUUGAGAAGACAUGGUUGGAAUCCCGCGCUGACCAACCA